AUGUCAGAGACGAGUUCUUCGGAUCAGAAGUAUGACGUUGGUCAAGCUCAACGAGACCAGUUCACUGGUCAGGAGUUAGCGGGCGUUCGGGAUGGACAGGGAAAUUCUACACAUCUUGAUGAUGGCCCCGUUUAUGGCGCCGGAGGCGUUACUUCUUCGGUUAACACAACCGGAAGCGGCGGAGGAACCGGUGGCACUGGAGGUGGUGGAGGCGGCGGCGGCACAACCAUAUCUUCCCUGGCGCACGUGGGCAUCCAGUCGCUGGUACAUUUGGACCAGGAAGACAUGAGCAGCAGUAGCUUCAGCUCAGCCAGCAGGGCCUCGCUCGAUCUGCAGCCGUCCUCGUCCGGUUCUCCGACGGCUUCAGCCAGCGGCGGUGGCGGCGGGUGCGGGGGAGGCGCAGGAGGAACCGGUGCGGGACGCAGCAAACAGUCAGCGGCAGCAAACCGGGCAUCUCCGUCGCCUUCGCGGUGCUCAUCGUCGUCGUCGUCAACCAAGCGGCGGGGAGGAAGUGGACGGCAAACGACGCAGCUGGCAACAGUGGCCAAGGGAAAAGAUGGGGGUGGAGAAGGAGGAGGAGAGGGGCAAGAACUUUCCGGGAGGCACCGAGAAUGCGAGACCAUUAUCGAAAAGGACGUUCAUCAGAGCGUGGUGGCGAAGGAUGGCAAUGGGAAUGAGCGAUCCGUUGUUAUUGGGCUGCCUGGCAGCGGUGGCAACGGGGGUCUUGGUGGCAGUGACAGUGAUGCUGGCAACACUGGAAGUCACGUAGAUUUGGUGACUGGAGUGAGCGUGCGCGUGUUUCAGUGGGUCAGAGGGAUGAAUUUCGUGUGCAGAAGGAAAGACGGAGUGGAAGAGAAACGUUGA